GCGGUGCUCUUGGACCCCCACUUGCCUGGCGGCGAGAAGAAGCCGCUGAAGGAGUACAUCAAGUGGGUGCGCCAGGAUGCGGGCCGGGCGCAGACCGUGCGGCUCAAGGUGGAUGCGUACGUCCAGAGCCAGGCGGGGAAGGACCCAGAGAAGCGCCGCCGCAUGUCCAGGCAGGCCGCGGGAGACAUCCAGCAGGCUCGCCAGGUAUCUUCCGUCAAGGUCUCCGGGCGUCGCCUGUCUGCGAACUGGCAUCAAGCCUGCCCCGAGAGCAAGUGGCACGAGGCUUUCCCUGAGACGCCGCUGCCCACGGACCCGAAUUGUCGCGGCGAGGAGCUCAUCGACGGCGCCUGGCAGGAGGUUGUAUAUGUCAUGAAGGACGGCGCGAAGAAGUUCUUGUACGACAUCGCGGACUACGACGAUCGCAAGGUGGAGGACAGGACGGUGCUGGCGACUGUGGCCGAGUCAGACGACGACGCGGACGCGGCUGAGGUUGCGGCUGCUGCCGAGGCCGCCGUGGCCCCAAUUGCAGCCCUGCGGCGCGCCACGCAGCGCGCGGAGAUCGGUGCAGCAGAGAGCGCGCCGUCGGAGGGGCACCAGUCCGACUCUCCCGCGAGCGACGAGGACGCCGAAGAGACGGAUCUCGUGGCCGCGGCGCUGUCGGGCCUGUGGGGCACGGCCCGCGCCGCCAAGCCCGCGCCCAAGGCUGCGACCAAGCCGCAGGCCAGACCACCAGCCCAGACGACCGGGAGGGCUACGUCCGGGCGCCCCGCCCAGACAGCCGAGAGGCCUGCCGCCAAAGGGGCUGCCGCGCCCGCAGCCGCUGCCCCUUCGAAGUGCGCCGCGCCCUCGGCGCAGGCGCCGCCGCAGAGGUCAGCCGCCCGCGCCCCUGCUCAGACGGCCGCGCCCUCGGCGCAGCCAGCCGACGGCAGCAGCGCCAGUCCGCCCUUGGCGACCCCGCAGCGCUCGGGCCGGAGCCAGCCAGGGAAGAAGCGCGGCAGCGGCGGUUCGUGGGCCGCGCCCCUGCUCGCCCAGCCGCCCGACGACUCCGACGAGGGCGGCGGGCAGCCGGACGAGCCAGCACCUCUCGAGGGCGGCUCCGCGUCGAAGAAGAGGGGGCGGAAGGCCCUCGAAUUCAGCCUCACAGCGGCCGGCGGGAAACUCAAGGGCGAGGCCGACGCGCUCUUCAACACGUUCCGGGAGUGUUACAAAUUGCUCGACUUCAGCGGAGAUGUGGACCUGUCCACGAAGGAGGGGAGAGCCCACUUCAAGGCCACGGCUUUUGAGCAGGCGGCAGCCGCAGAGAGCGCCAUCCACACGGCCAAGAAGGCAGCGGCCAAGAUGGGGAAGAUCCCGGAUGACGGCGCGCAGGCGCUGCAGAUCAACAAGGCGUGGCUGGCGCGCUCAGAGGAGGCGCUGGCCGCGGCAGUGCGGGUCGUCAAG